AUGCUUGAAUUGAUUCACAUUUUACAUUUACUGUUGUGUAUUGCAGGAGUGGGCAAAUCGUGUCUUCUGCUGCAGUUCACGGAUAAGCGCUUUCAGCCGGUGCACGACUUAACAAUUGGUGUGGAAUUUGGUGCUCGUAUGAUCACCAUUGAUAGCAAACAAAUCAAACUUCAAAUUUGGGAUACUGCUGGUGAGUUCAUGCAUCAUCAUUUCAUCGGACAAGAAUCAUUUCGUUCGAUCACUCGUUCAUAUUAUCGUGGUGCUGCAGGCGCACUUCUUGUAUAUGAUAUUACACGGCGCGACACAUUCAACCACUUAACUUCGUGGCUAGAGGAUGCACGACAGCAUUCCAAUUCGAAUAUGGUUAUUAUGCUUAUCGGGAAUAAAAGUGAUCUGGAAGCACGUCGAGAGGUUAAAAAAGAAGAAGGUGAAGCAUUUGCUCGUGAGCAUGGUCUGAUAUUCAUGGAGACAUCUGCUAAGACUGCAGCUAAUGUCGAAGAGGCAUUCAUUGACACAGCGAAAGAAAUUUAUCGAAAAAUACAGGAAGGCGUCUUUGAUAUCAAUAACGAGGCGAAUGGAAUCAAACUUGGUCCGCAGCAUUCUCCGAGUUCACCAACUUCACCGGGUGGCAGCCAAACUUUAGGCGGUUCGAGCAGUUGCUGCUAA